AUGCUGUCGAGGCUGGUUCCACAGACUUUGCUGAAACGAGCGUUUGGAGACGAGGGCGACAAGGUGGUGCCCCAGACCAACGGCUCACAGUACAAACGACGCAAACAAGACUCCAUUCCGAAAACGGCCUCCGACAUCAGCGACUCGAUUCUGCAGUGGAACUCGCCGGCCGACUCGGAUCGGCCCUCCCUGCAUCCCAAAGACGGACUGUUGCUUGCAAGUCUCAACCCCAUCACGGCACCCUUGAGCUACCAGGUGUGCAAGCACUGCGAGCGGCCCAUCAUCGGCGACACCAACGUGCACCUACAGCGAUGCGCCGUCUACCAGGUGAGCCGGAUUCAAAAGGAGCGGGACACCAGCUCGUCUGCAAACACAACCAAGGUGUCCAAACGAUCAGCCAACACCCCAACCUCUAAGGAUACAAAGGAAGUCAAGGAGAUCAAAACCAAGAAAGAAAAGGCCGAAAAGGCACCCCCAGCUCCCCGACGAAGUAAACCUCGAGAGGCCAAAUCCAAAACAUCCACAAAGGGCAAAGUUGUGGAUGUCGACAAACAGUGCGGAGUGCCCCUGCCAAAUGGAGGACUUUGCGCACGCUCACUAACAUGCAAAACACACGCCAUGGGUGCAAAAAGAGCUGUCCAGGGAAGAUCGGCUCCUUACGAUGCUCUACUGGCCGACCUCCAACGACGUAAUCAGCUUAAACUACAGCAAAAACGAGACGGCUUAGAAGAGGAGGAGGAAUCCAGUGAACCCGUGGACCCCGAAACAGAGGUCAAAAUGGUGCUUGAAGCCGUACAGAGAUCCACACCGGUGCCGCUCGAGAGAAAAGUCCUGAUGCCUGCUCGUAUUUCUAACGGCUUUUUUCGAAUGAGAGAAAUGCUGGCAGGUGCCCUUAUCAACAACCCAGUCGCUGACCCUACACACCAACGAUCGGCUGCUGCCAUCGGAGGACUCAUUGGUCAAGCUACAGCUUUCUACGCCGGAGACCCUGGGCAGCUGUAUCAUCUCAAACCACAGUACGAAACCAAGAAAAAAUAA